CACAUGAAGGCAGCAUGUUUGCGUCGGCGUUUCUAUGGUAACAUUGCUGUGGAGUACUGACAGGAAAAACGUGUUUAUCCAUCCUGCUACAGCAUUUCACUUUUGACAACCACAAAUAUGACCAGAUCUCCAUGAAGCACACUAACAUGGAUGAAGGACUCAAACAUGAGAAGAUGACUCAAGUGUUGACUGAGAGAGGGAGGCCUCCUUCUCCGAGACCAGCGGUUCUGACCAACCAGUGGGACUCUGUGGAGUCGGACACAGAGAGCUUGGCCCAGGAGAGAGCUUACCAGCAGCAGCAGCAGCUACAAAUGCCUAUUGGGCGUCAUGACCAAAACAAAUACAUUCUUCCCCAGAAGGAGAAUGCUGACAGCUUACAACAGGGACAUAAAGAGGCUGAAUAUGCAAAUGACAAUAAAACUGAAGAUCUUCAAGUUUGUGAUAGCCUUGAUGUAGCAGCACACCCCCAUGCCAACAGAAAUCCCACCCUGUCACAGACUGAAUAUCUGGAUACACAGAUGGAUGAAAGAGCGGGAACGAGCCAGCUGCUCACGGAUGAUGUCUACUCUGAGCUACGCUACGACCCCAACUGGAGGACCAACCUGAGGGGAGCCAGCUGCUUCAAUGAGAAUCCACGAAUUUCUGUUGAGGAAUAUUACGAAGUCCCUAAAGAGAAAUCUAGACAGUCAUGUGGUGACAGCCAAGGACUCAGAAUAAAAGCAGGAUACAGGUACAUCAUCGACACAAGUCCAGCUGCUGUGGUGACUCCUCAUUUGACUGGCAAUGAGUCUGACCAGCCGUACCGCCUACACCCACAACAUGGUCAGACUGGUUCAGUAACAUCUCCCCACUGUCACAACCAUGCUUUACAACUUGGAUCACCAGAGGCUGACCAUUCAAAGCCAUCCUGCAUUUUCACUAAAGAUGACAGUGACAAUGCUGGGGAAUACAGCAGGUCUCCAGAGCAGCCCAAUGAUAUAUGUGCUAUGUCCAAGAACAUCCACGAACGCACACAAGGAGGACCCACUCAAAUACAACAAAUGAGCACACCCUCAGUUCCCAAGGUUUUAUUGAACAAAAAGCUUGAAAGACUGACCGAAGACAUAGUGGAACGCAACAAAAAAACACUGGGGCGCAACACAUCCAAAUGUGGAUCCUAUGUGAGUGUGCAUGCACUUAACCGGGAGAUGCCUCAUCCCGUCAAUAAGGGGCAUGGAACUCUUAAGAAGACUGCCAGCACAGACAGUCAAGAGGACAGUUCAGACCCCAAGCCAAAAACACAGCAGUUGAGGGUCACUCAGAUCAGUGAAGGGAAGAAAGCCCAGCGGAAAGAAAACCCCAACCGCCCUCCACAGCAACAGCAGACCCCUGCCCUGGGGGUCAGCGCUGAGUCGGAGGACCGUCUGAGCUCCUCAUUGGCAAAACCAGCUGCUGCAGGUCAGCCCAACCCUCAGAAGACGACUUCAUCACAACCUUUGGUCUCCAACAUCCACCUCAACACUUCCUCCACUCUCCUUCCGUUAAUCCAGCAGAGGGGCCAGGAAGACAUCAUCAAUUUAGCAUGUUCUGAUGCUUGUCCUAAUUGGAGCCCCUUAUCUGAACUUGCCCUGUCCCCCGGAUAUCAACUAACAAUUCCAGGAAGGUCUUCCCAGACGUCUCACAAAGGUGUAAGCGCACAUCUCCACCAGCAAAACCUGGAGAGUAGCCCUGAACAAUGGCAAAGGACAGCUGCAUUGAAGUGGCUUUUAUCCUGUGAAGGGGAGGACCAAAAGUGUCCAAAUGAGGUUCAAACUAAGCAGUUCCCACCAAACCUCCCCAGGACACCCACCACCACUUUUUCGGGCUCCUACACAGUUCUGCCCCCUAUAACAGAGUCAACGGCAGGAAAAGAGCCUGAGCUAAGCCCUGGUGUGAACACAGCCUACCCCAUUCAUAGUAGCUGCUCUGACAGCUACCUGGGUCAGAUGGAGAAACAGAAGCAGCUGAGGACCAGAGUCGCUUACAAGGCAUACAGCCUGAAAGACUACAAGCAGCUGAAGUCCGAUAUAAAUCUGCGAGGCCUGGGCCCUGACUACUCAGCCAUUGAAAAGACAGCUGAGAAAAUGAAACGACAGAAGCUGUAUUCAAAUGUGAUCCGCGAGCAGAACAAAACCAUUAGCAGGAUUCCCUUUCUACUGGCCAAGGACCCGGAAGGCAAUGACAAGAAAGUUCCCAGGAUGAAGGCCUUGGAAUAUGCCAAAACCAUAGCCAAACCCCCUGUACAGUCUCAACCAAAACAGAGACCCAAGCACCGGUCCGAAGGCUUCACUGAGCCUGCUCCUUACUUGGAGGACUUGGACGUCUCCCAGCUGGCCACACUGGAAGUCCUUCGAAAACGGCAUGAAGAAGAAAAGCAGGCUGUGGCACUCUUCAGAAAAGUACAUGCUGUCUGAGGCAAGGUGCAAUUCACAUAAACAGUCCAUGGAACCCAUGCUCUCAUAGAUUCACACUCCAAGACAUAGGAAACAUGUUGCUGCCUUAUUAAAUUUGCUAGGCCUAGUGUCACAUCAGCAUUCAUUACCACGUACAUACGUUUUGUACAGAUUCUCAAAAUAAUUACAAAAAGAUGGAAAAACAUAAAUUCUGAGGAGGUUGGCAGCCUCAGCCAGCAUCUGUGUUACUUUUAACAUUGUGUGUCAUCAGGUCAGAAUGGACAAGAAAUUUGUUUUCUCCAUAGAUGCCAGAGAAUAGAUUGACAAUGGUCAAUUUGUUGCUUGGAUUUGGGAUUUGUGCUUGCUUAAAUCUUGGAAGUUAAUGGAGCCACAAAAUCUCACAACUGCCACCAAGCCACACAACACACAGAGGAAUUAACCACUGAGACCCUAACUCCUUGAUGUAGACUUGACUACAGCUUAAGAAGGGACUAUAGUUCAGAGUUUGAUUUAGUCUGUUGAUUGUUGUUGCAGCGUUUAAAGGUACUGUCAUGCAUGAUCAGGCAAUGUUGUGUUUUCACUCCUUGAGUACAGUAAUCAUGUUCAAUGACAUUCUGUCCCUGACUGUGCACUUGAAAUGGAUAUGCAAUGUUGCAAACAUGCAAAACAGAGCUUUUUAAAUUAUCUUACUAUGAUCUUCUCUAUAUAAAACAUUACUGGUAUCAAAAACAUGUAAACACAUGUAGAGCGUCCCCAAAAGCCCAAACAUAAUCCUAACAAAAUCAGUUAUAGUUAUUAGAGUUGCUGUGUAUCUGAGGCAGACUAUACAGGUAGUUAGAUAUUUUAGAAAGUUGUACAACACAUUUAAAUUGUAAGGCACUUAUUAUAUUGUCUGACCUAUAGGAUAAAAGCUAUGUUAAAAAGUGUGUGCAUGUACAGUUUGGCAUGGGUCGGAUAGGGAACAGGUGUAUAACCCCUUCCCCCCCCCCCGAAAAUAAAAAAUAGAAGAAUGGCAGAAAUGAGUCUUUGCACUGUUGACUAUUACAGUAAACCUGAUGUUCUUGAAUUCUUCUUCAGUUUGCUAAGAUGAAUGAUGACGCAGCUGUAGCUCUUAAAUAUGAAUCAGUCCUUCCUGUUGUAAUAUAUUUACACACACACACACACGCAGUAACCAUCUGAUCCUUAGAUUUCUAUGCAGUUCAUUAUAUUGAUUUACGUAUUUGCACUUAGGUAAUAUGAUUGUAUAUGUGAAACGAUCAGACAUAACUAUAUGCAUGUACUGUAUCUGCUCAAUAGACAGAUAUUAAACUGUGUCUGUCAGACAAGGACGAGGUGAACUUCAAUGGAGACCCAUUGGCCUUAAUGAAAUUAAGUUGCAGUAGUAUGUCAACACUAUCCCACACCACUAGCUAAUGUCCCCACACCCUCUUUUUCAUGGAAGACACAGGUGAUUCCCAUUUUGUUUUUUUAGCCACAUUAUAAAUGUUUCUCCUUUCACCUAAUUACGCAUGGUUACACUGUUUGAAUAAAAAGCACACACUCUUUGUUG